UACGGCAGGCUAUUCACGGCUUUCGGGAAAAUUCAGAGAUCAGCAAAUUGAGGCACUAACGAUGACAUCUCACGAGGGAAAGACCGUGCUCGAGGGAGCUUGGGGGAGAAUGGAAGAUGUAUGCGAAAGAUUUCAAGAACAUCCGGUAGUUUCGCAACGUCUCCGUAUAUAUGAACACCGUGUGAGUAUUGGUGGGCACGAAUUGUUGCCUUUAAAUUCCAUUAAAGGCUGCAGACACUAAAUCAUGGUGUCCCGUGGGAACACAUCGUUCGAGCAUGCGCUCGUGCAGACGCCGGCUGCCGCUGUUCCCGUGGGAGGCGAGGUGCGCGAGUACGAAAAGCAAGGACGACGAGACGGCGAAGGCGCAACAUAGCGCGCGCCCCGUUACAUUCUUCUCGCGCGUGGGGUUGAAACGCUCAGUCGGAUCGCGACACCCUGUGUCGAAGGGUCGAGCGCGCGGCAAAGUCGUUGUUCGCGGUGGUCAGCGUCGAAGACCCGUCUCCGCGGCAACUCGACGUGCACGGUAAAGUGUUUAUACGGAUGUCGCUUAUUUUUAUUUCGCCUUUAUACGUAGAAUAUCCGUCUCAAGAAGGAGAAAAGACUCCGCAACGCUGAGGUCAAUAAUCGUUCGAUUCGACGAUCUUGCUUAAUUAAAUGCGGAAUAUCGAGGAUUCCUUAAGGUAGUCAUCUGCCGUAUAUCCGUUGGGGGACUCAAGUGAUACCAGAAGAUUAACGUCGCGAAUUUGCACGCGGCUGUGCAUUUCGCCGCGAUUCCGCUCGGCGGUCAGUGUGCCGGGAACUCCGACGGCAUUCAACGGCGAACUGUCCCUGAACAUGAGUACCGUCAAAACCGAGGAGACAUUUUCGCCGAAUAGCCAAGAGUGAUAGAAUUUCGUGGCGCGAGGGGCGAGCAACUGUGCGAUCGACAUGUCGACGAUCGAUCGCGCGCGCGGCUAAUCGCUGCGAAGCGACGACGAGGGAGAGUCCGGUGACACGUGCGUGAGGAGCGUUUCCGCGACUGUCGUUGGGAGUUGUCUACCGAGCGGGAUCACGGUGGCCGCAGCAAGGUCGUGUCAGGGUCGCGGAAUCGCGAGGAGAAUGUGGAGGAAGGACGUGACGCUCGCCAGGUUGAUCGUCGCCACGCUGAUUACCCUGUCGGACGGCACCGCCGCCGGAAGCUGCAGCUCCGCGAAGCUCUGCUGUCAGGGCAGGGACUCCGGCUGCGUCAUACAGAAGGAGUCGCCGAACGCGAUUAUCCAGAGCCCGCGCGACAAGCCCUGCUACUGCGAUCACGCCUGUCUCAAGCUCGCCGACUGUUGCGACGAUUUCAAGGAGACCUGCGGUGUGGUGGACUGCGCGGUGAGCGAAUGGAGCCCGUGGAGCCCGUGCGAUAACGGAUGCGGAAGUGGCACUCAAAGGCGCAGCCGGGUGAUCGAGAUCUCGGAAAAGAACGGCGGGAAACACUGUCCACGCUUGGACCAGGUUAGGACGUGCCGUAGUUUCCAGACAUGCCACGCUGGAAUUCGCUCGCAGCCGCACGCUAAAAGUGUGACGCUUCUUGCGCUCUUCCCGGGCGACGGCAAUAGUACGGACUUGAGGAUCAAGGAUAGGAUCGUCGAUAAAAGCGACAGCUGCGUCGCCUUUACCAUUGUACGGGUUUCGAGGGCUUGCAGCAGGAUCUCGGAUUUGCUCUCAGAAGGUUCGCGAAUCUGCGUGGAGCGUCCCGGCCGGAACGAGAGCCUGGGCAGAUACGUGGGAAUCGGCAGGUGGAAGUUGUCGACCGACAUCGCCGGCAGCAGUCGGCGCGGCCCGCGAUCGACCAAUUCAACCUGCCACGGCAAAUGGAUCGGCGACUCGCGACUCCUGGUGGACUGCCACGACCCGCGAUGCACGCAAUCGAGCCGACCGCCUCCGUACACGUCGCAGCUGUUCCGCGGCCGAAGUCGCAGGGGUGCGUCCGCCAGCAUGAUGGUCAACAACGACGCGGACGACGGCGCGUCGAGGAUGCGGGACAGGCUCGUAAGAAGACGAAGGAGAGGCAGACGGCGGAAGAGGAGCCGGAGAAGAAGGCGCGCCGCCGUCUCGGGACGGUGAACGUUCCCCGCAACUGUCGCGGCUCACGCCAGCGUCACCCGCGUUAGGAACUCUCCCUUUCUACCCCUUCUCGUCCUCAUGUCUGUUGUUACACAGGGUAUAUCGUAACACGGGACCCUCUUCUCGGAGGUGGAUUUUCCUUCGAAGAGCCGACUCACCAUCCCGCGGCGAGAAUGUCGCCGCGUCGAUCUCGAAUUACAAGCGCGAGCUGAGGGUGAGCAAACUCUUUGCGAAUUAAGCGUCGACGGUAACGACGACAAACAGACGACAGAAGCUCGUUCCUCGUUUUUAGUUCGAGCGAGCGUUGUUUAAAGAGAGCUUUCGUUCGAAAGGCCUGCUUUUAGCGAAAUAUUUUUCACGUCGGAGCUCGAAGAGUCCUGAAAAGAAGGCACGUCAGUCUCGUCGAGGAGAAAAUCGCCGUCAAAUCGGAAUCCGCCUUCCUCGAGGGGGAUCCCACGUGUUAUGAUAUACCUUGCAUAUUUAAUCUGCAUCUGGUGUUGUCAUUUUCGCGUCGUGCGUUUUCUUAUCGUCCGAUUUUUUCUUGCAUUAUAUAUCGCGCUGGUUUCCACUAAAAACCCUCUAGUUAAGGUCCUGACAUCUCGGUCCUGUUGUUUGAUUGGUUUAGUUUCUAAAGUGAUCGAAAAUGGCAGAACACAGGGGAGUGUAUUCGAACAAGGUAACUCUAUUUGAACAAACUUUUAUUUAAAACAGAAAUUGCACGUAACAAAACAAUAUUUUGUUAAUAAAGUAAGCAUUUUGAAAGACGGGAAAUAGUUAUAUACAUGUAGCAUGCAUUGCGAUACUCUUACUGCUAAAUACUUUUAACUUUUGUUGUAAUGAUAUGUAAUGAUAUCAAUCCAUAAUGCUCGCUUCUCAGGAUUUGUUGGCAUAAUUGCCAUAUAAAAUUCUCGGUGAUGUCAAGACUCUAACUGAAGGGUCUCUAGUUUUUCACCAAACUCUGGGUUGCUUAAUUAUAUCUUAUACGGGCCAUUCAUACGUUAAGCGUUCCGAAUUCGCAAGAGGGAAACGAAUGCGUUAAAUAGAAUCUUUACUUUAUUUUCUUUUUCUCCCUUUUUUUCUUUUUCCUUCUUUUCCUUCUUCCACUGUUGAAUGUAGCAAUCGUACGGAACCGUUUUGCCUAGAUUAUCCCGAUAAUUAUCAUAUCGAUUUUAUCAUUAGCGCAGGCUCGCGCGAAACGUUUCAUUGGGAACGACAGUGAACUUUCUUAUUCCCUCGACGCUCUCUGGCGAGGUAAUCAAUAUCAGCGACGUUAGGUUUAUGAUUUACGUUGCGGUUGCGGAUUUAAUAAAUCAUUUCAUCAUCGGGACAAUGGCGCGCCUGCGGAUAAGGUCGCCAGAGUGUCGAGCCUUAAUGCAACACGUUGUGUUUAUUUAUUAUCAACCCUUUUUCUCUCCUUAUCUCCGAAUUUCAUCUAAUAAUAUAUUGUAUAUGCGUUAUCGCAUAAGUAAAAAAAAAAAAUAUAUAUAUAUAUAUCCGUAGAGAGCGAAUAAAGAAAAAAAGAAUUUUGUCAUUAUUAAUCACACAAAUCAUUGUAUUUUAUUAAUAAUACGAAUAUAUCAUAGUAUCUUCCAUAAGAGAACAAAAAUAUAUAUAUUAUAUAUGUAAGUAAAGAUCCCUUUUGCUUCGCGUAAUAUUUUCCUGCGUUAUAUUGUUACUGUAAAAAUUUUUCUACAUCUACAGGAUACAGAAUGUUCCAGAAUUUAUAACAUUUGUUUGUAACAUUUGUUCGAAAACCAUUAAUAUCUUGGUAUUGAAGCGAUAUUGAAUUUUUUCCUUGUUUUGUUAUAGAUUCUAGUAUCCGUGGUGUUUAAUUACGUCAAUAAUAACGCUAAUUCUGUGACAAUUUGUAAACUUCGAAGAUGUUUUUUUUUCCUUGAUAUAUCCCUAAGUAUCGCACUCGUUGCAAACAUAUCGUAUAUUGAAUUUUCCGUGAGCAAUUUUGCUUUAGAGAGAGUCUUUAGUGUCUGCGAAUAAAUACACUGGAAUAUUAUCAUUUCUCUCUACGCGUGAGUACAUAUCGGCGUACCGAGAGGGUAGAGGCUCUCCGAGCGAGAUGAACAAAAUGUAAAAGCACAGUCAAUAAAGGGCACAUGCACGUAUUUGGGUUCUAGCGUAAUUACGUCGAAGGUCAAUAUAUAAAUCUUCCUUUUCCUGAUUCUAUUUUCCUCAGACCUCAGAGAGAAUUUUCCUCAAACUUCAAUAGCAAAUUUUCCGCAUAGAAGAUUACA